AUGCCAGCCGGUACUUUAGAGAGAACCUCUCCGGCCGCCGUGGCUCCCACGCCGGCAAGUGGAGACUCCACACCCGAAAAACCCCGGAGUCUCACAGAGAACAGAAAGUCCUCCAAACCAAUCAUGGAAAAACGGAGACGUGCGCGCAUCAAUGAGAGUCUGAGCCAGCUGAAGACUCUCAUCCUGGACGCACUCAAGAAAGAUAGCUCCAGACACUCCAAACUGGAGAAGGCGGAUAUCCUGGAGAUGACUGUGAAGCACCUCAGGAACCUGCAGCGACUUCAGAUGACGACUGCUGUGAACACAGACCCAUGCGUCCUGGGUAAAUACAGAGCCGGGUUCAGCGAGUGUGUAGGAGAGGUCACCCGUUUCCUCUCCACAAGUGAAGGAGUGAACACAGAGGUGAGGACUCGUCUCCUCAGCCACCUCGCAUCCUGCGUGACCCAGAUCAACCCUGUGAACUUCUACGCGCCUCACCCAGUCGCACUGGGACUCGGACAGACAGGUCCACAGAUCACAGCGGUCUCUGCUCCACAGAUGCCUUCCAAAAGUGGCUCAUCAAUGCACGCUUCCCCUGAAGCGAUGAAGCUGUACGGUGGCUUCCAGGUGGUGCCAACGCGGGAUGGACAGUUUGCUUUUCUUGUUUCCAGCGCUGCUCUGAUGCCUCUCGGAGCACAAAACAGCCAUCACAUGUCACCCGUUGCACCUCAGGGCACCUUAGACUCUGUGUGGAGACCAUGGUAG